ACAAUAGCGUACCUCUUAGCCCCUCACUCCCGAACAAGUUUCCCUUCCCCUAAUCUACCCUCAUCCUUUUCCAUAAUCCCCAGCAUAUCCCCGCCAUCGACACACUCAGAAACCCAGAGUCUUCUUUCUCUCUCUCCACCUCAACUCGCUUCUCUCUUCACCGGAGAGCCUCCUCUUGCUAUCCCUUUCAAUUGUUGAUCGGACCCUCAAUUUCUCUUCCGUUAUGACCAUGCUGAAUCAUCAACCGUUGGAUCAGCAGGAAGAGGAGAUGCUUGUGCCGCACUCUGAUGUAGUGGAGGGUCCUCAGCCACUAGUGGAAGGUCCUCAGCCCAUGGAAGUUACACCAACAGAGAGUGCUAAUGCGGUGGAAAACCAAGCAGUAGAUGAGCCACAGGCUUCUCGCUUCACAUGGACAAUUGAAAAUUUUUCUAGGUUAAAUGUGAAGAAGCUAUACUCAGAGGUUUUUACUGUAGGUGGUUAUAAAUGGCGGGUGCUAAUAUUUCCAAAAGGAAACAAUGUGGAAUGCUUGUCAAUGUAUUUGGAUGUGGCAGAUUCAGCUACUUUACCAUAUGGGUGGAAUAGAUAUGCCCAGUUCAGCUUAGCUGUUGUGAAUCAAAUUAAUCCCAAGUAUACUGUUAAAAAGGAGACGCAACACCAAUUCAACCAAAGGGAAAGUGAUUGGGGUUUUACAUCGUUCAUGCUUCUUAGUGAGCUUUAUGACCCUGGCAAGGGAUACCUUGUGAGCGAUACUGUUGUAAUUGAAGCUGAUGUUGCUGUAAGGAAGGUCAUUGAUUAUUGGUCAUAUGACUCAAAGAAGGAGACAGGUUACGUAGGGCUUAAGAACCAGGGAGCAACUUGUUACAUGAAUUCUCUCCUGCAAACUCUUUACCAUAUUCCCUACUUUCGGAAGGCUGUGUAUCACAUGCCAACUACAGAGAAUGAUAUGCCAUCUGGGAGCAUUCCUUUGGCUCUGCAGAGGUUGUUUUACAAGCUCCAGUAUAGUGAUACCAGUGUGGCUACAAAAGAACUGACAAAAUCAUUUGGAUGGGACACGUAUGAUUCAUUCAUGCAGCAUGAUGUGCAAGAACUUAACAGGGUGUUGUGUGAAAAGCUUGAAGACAAGAUGAAGGGUACCGUUGUAGAAGGGACAAUACAGAAGUUAUUUGAAGGGCACCAUAUGAAUUACAUAGAAUGCAUAAAUGUGGACUUCAAAUCAACAAGAAAAGAAUCAUUUUAUGAUCUUCAGCUUGAUGUUAAAGGCUGUCGGGAUGUCUAUGCUUCUUUUGACAAAUAUGUUGAAGUUGAACGUCUUGAAGGUGAUAACAAGUACCAUGCUGAAGAACAUGGUUUACAGGAUGCUAAAAAGGGUGUACUAUUUAUUGAUUUCCCUCCAGUUCUGCAGCUUCAGCUGAAGCGUUUUGAAUAUGAUUUCAUGCGAGAUACAAUGGUUAAGAUAAAUGACCGCUAUGAAUUCCCUCUGGAGCUUGAUCUUGAUAGAGAAAAUGGCAAAUAUUUGUCUCCAGAAGCAGAUAGGAGUGUUCGCAACCUCUAUACGCUUCACAGUGUCUUAGUUCAUAGUGGUGGCGUGCAUGGUGGACACUAUUAUGCUUUCAUCAGGCCUACACUCUCUGAUCAAUGGUAUAAAUUUGAUGAUGAACGGGUCACCAAAGAAGAUAUUAAGAGGGCAUUAGAGGAGCAGUAUGGUGGUGAGGAGGAGUUGCCACAGACAAAUCCAGGCUUCAACAACACUCCAUUCAAAUUUACAAAAUACUCAAAUGCUUACAUGCUUGUUUAUAUACGUGAGAGUGACAAGGAUAAGAUAAUUUGUGAUGUGGAUGAGCAUGAUAUAGCAGAACACCUUAGGAUAAGGUUGAAGAAAGAGCAAGAAGAGAAGGAGGAUAAGAGACGAUAUAAAGCACAGGCCCACCUUUAUACUAUUAUCAAGGUUGCCCGUGAUGAGGAUCUAAGAGAACAGAUUGGUAAGGAGAUAUAUUUUGAUCUCGUUGAUCAUGACAAAGUUCAUAGCUUCCGGAUUCAGAAACAGAUGCCUUUUAACCUUUUCAAGGAAGAGGUUGCCAAAGAGCUUGGUAUACCUGUACAGUUUCAGCGGUUUUGGAUAUGGGCAAAGCGACAAAACCACACAUAUCGCCCAAAUCGCCCUUUGACUCCACAAGAGGAGUUACAAUCAGUUGGGCAGCUGAGAGAAGUUUCCAACAAGACCAAUAAUGCAGAGCUUAAAUUAUUCUUGGAAGUAGAAUUUGGGCCGGAUCUGCAUCCCAUUCCUCCACCUGACAAAAGUAAAGAAGAGAUACUUCUUUUCUUUAAGCUUUAUGAUCCUGAAAAAGAACAACUUCGUUUUGUUGGUCGGCUUUUUGUGAAGAGUAUUGGUAAACCAAUUGAGAUAUUAACAAAGCUGAAUGAACUGGCUGGGUUUGCUCCUGAUCAGGAAAUUGAACUAUUUGAGGAAAUCAAAUUCGAGCCUUCUGUCAUGUGUGAACGUCUUGACAAAAGGGCUUCAUUUCGGAUCAGCCAGAUUGAAGAUGGUGAUAUUAUUUGCUUUCAAAAGAGACCUUCCCCUGAAAUUGAGGAGCAACUCAGAUAUCCAGAUGUUCCUUCAUUUUUGGAAUAUGUGAAAAAUCGCCAGCUCGUCCAUUUUCGGUCUUUGGAGAGACCCAAGGAGGAUGAUUUUUGUCUGGAGUUAGCAAAAAAUCAUACUUAUGAUGAUGUUGUGGAGAGAGUAGCUCAACGCCUUGGUUUAAAUGAUCCCUCCAAAAUUAGACUUACCCCACACAACUGCUAUUCUCAGCAACCCAAGCCUAAUCCUAUCAAAUACCGAUCUGUUGAUCAUUUGGUUGACAUGCUAGUCCACUACAAUCAGAUUUCUGAUAUUUUGUAUUAUGAAGUUCUGGACAUUCCUCUACCAGAGUUGCAGUGUCUCAAGACACUCAAAGUUGCGUUUCACCAUGCCUCAAAGGAUGAGGUUGUAAUUACCAAUGUUAGAUUGCCAAAACAGAGUACUGUAGGAGAUGUGCUUAAUGAAAUCAAGGGAAAGGUAGAGUUGUCUCAUCCUAAUGCCGAACUUAGAUUGCUUGAAGUUUUCUAUCACAAAAUCUAUAAGAUCUUCCCUCCCAAUGAAAAAAUUGAGAAUAUAAAUGAUCAGUACUGGACGCUGCGUGCUGAGGAGAUACCAGAAGAGGAGAAAAACAUUGGUCCUCAUGAUCGCUUAGUUCAUGUUUACCACUUCACAAAAGAGACAUCUCAGAACCAACUGCAAGUCCAAAAUUUUGGUGAGCCUUUCUUUUUGGUCAUCCAUGAAGGUGAGACAUUAGCCGAAAUUAAGGUCCGCAUUCAAAAAAAAUUGCAGGUUCCUGAAGAGGAAUUCUCCAAGUGGAAGUUUGCAUUUUUAUCACUGGGGCGUCCAGAAUAUCUUCAGGACGCGGACAUUGUAUCCAGCCGUUUUCAGAGACGAGAUGUAUAUGGUGCAUGGGAGCAGUACCUUGGUUUGGAGCACUCUGAUAAUACACCAAAGAGAGCUUAUGCAGCUAGUCAGAACCGUCACACAUUUGAAAAGCCUGUUAAAAUAUAUAAUUAAGCUAGAGCUUACAAUGUACAAGCAGCUAGCUAUCUAAGACAUGCCAUGCCAUGCCAUGCCAAUGGGGGCUUUAAAGCUUUCUUCAGCUGAAAGGAAAAUGUAAAAUGUUGUGAGCUUGGGAACAAGGCAGAGGGAGUACUAUCUUGUACAAGUUUCCCCUUCUCUUUUGUCUAUUAUUAUUUUUUUUGUAAUACGCUUCUUAAUUUCUGGUCGUUUGAUUUUAUUCAUGUCCCUUGCUGACUUAGCUGCAUAUUCCUCAAGUAUCAUCGGGUCGUAGGCUGAUUGGGGAAGGGAUGAUGUUUCCUUUCUUUCCCCACCCCCACCCUUGUGGGUCUGUCUGUCUGCCAUAGAUUGUAGAUGUCUUUUAAAAUUAGUUUGUGUAGUUAUAUUGCAUAGAAAGAUUUUGUUUCAAGGUAAUGUAUAGUCUGGAUGGAUUCUUGUACUCA